CUCCGAUCGGUACAAGCAACCCUCUCUCUCUCUCUCUCUCUCUUCGCGUGUUUUCUGAAAAUCGCCAUUAGACUCGGUCUCAUCGCUCUCUCUCUUCUGGAGGGGACCUUUUUCUACCAAAGCGCUUUAUUACCCUCUUUGCCCGGACUGUCUUUCCAUUCUUUGUUUAGGGUUUUUCCCUUUCCUUGAAUUAAGUUUUGAGACACUAACCCUCCAAAACCCGUCAUCUCAUCUUCAUUACUCUCUCUUUCUCUCUCUCUCUCUCGCUCUUAAUCUCUCUGUGACAGAGAAGAACAUCAUUUCUCUUCGUUGGUUUUGGACGUUGGAUCCUUAACUUGAUGACGACUUCUGUGAGGAACAACUUCUUACCCCCUUCACUGGUUUCUAAUCUUCGAGAGGUUCUAAUUAAUAGAAAGGGCGACGAAGAAGAACCCUCCAAGAAGCCUGAUGAAUCAACCGAAGCUCCUUCUUCUUUUUCUUCAUCUUUGGAUGCCGUUGAUGCCACGGAUUGCUCUAAACCCAUUGUUCUGGUGACCAAUGGGGAUGGAAUUGAAGCCCCCGGUCUUCUCUUCCUUGUCGAAGCUCUUGUCCGAGAAGGCCAAUGUAGUGUUCACGUCUGCGCUCCUCAAUCGGAUAAAUCCGUUUCGGGUCACUCGGUCACGCUUCGUGAGACGCUUGCUGUAAGUUCGGCUGAAAUUGGCGGGGCCACAUCAUAUGAAGUUUCUGGAACUCCUGUGGAUUGUGUCUCUUUAUCUCUGUCGGGUGCAUUGUUUUCUUGGUCAAAGCCAGCGCUGGUCAUCAGUGGAAUUAACAGGGGUUCAAGUUGUGGUCAUCAAAUCUUCUACUCAGGUGCUGUUUCCGGUGCAAGGGAAGCUUUGAUCUGUGGUAUACCAUCUCUCUCGAUAUCAUUGAACUGGAAGAAAGAUGAAAGCCAUGAAAGUGAUUUCAAAGAUGCAGUUGAUGUGUGCUUACCAUUGAUAAAUGCAGCCAUAAGAGAUAUUGAGAAAGGACUAUUCCCCAAAAGUUUCUUACUGAAUAUAGAGAUUCCCACUUCUCCCUUGACAAACAAGGUUUGCAUUUUCAACCAUAGUUUAAACUUUGUUCCGGGUGCUGAAUAUCAUUUGAUACCAGGAUUAUUUUACCUGCAAGCCUUGAUGCUAAUACCGUUUAAAGAGAUAUGAUCCGGCUUUAAUGUG